AUGGAACCAAACCCUGACGCAAUCCAAAGCCAAAUUACCUGUGCAAAAUGUCAUGAUCUAGUAGGCAGUCGAUUCAUGAAAGCAUUAGGCAAAGAAUAUCAUCCCGAAUGCUUCACUUGCCUAGAUUGUGGAGUACCGGUCGCAUCAAAAUUCUAUACUUUCACAUUAGAUUCCAAUCAGACUCUUCACCUUUGCGAGCGCGAUUAUUUUGCUAGACUCGACCUCAUUUGCGACAAUUGCCAAGAUUUUCUCAAAGAAUCAUACAUCAUUGCCGCGAACAAAAAAUACCACACCGACCAUUUCACAUGCAGUGCAUGUCCAGUAGUCUUUGGUCCUGAGGAUUCAUAUUAUGAGCACAAUGGUCAAGUAUUUUGCCACUUUCACUAUUCAAUCCAAUUCGCAGUCAUGUGCGCUGGUUGCGAGAUGGCAAUCUUGAAACAAUAUGUAGAGAUUGACCGAAAAGAUGAUGUCGAACACUGGCAUCCCGAGUGCUAUAUGAUUCACAAGUACUGGAACGUUCGCAUCGCACAGCCGUCAAUUGAAGAUGCAGUAGAUCGUUCCCCACAAACACCAAGUCAAUUACUUGAAAAACACCAAGAGACAGAAGAAAAGGUUUUUCGGAUAUGGCAAGUCUUGUCUGCAUUUGAAGAAUCGUCGGCUUUAUGUAUAUCUGAAAUGCUGCUACACGUAUCCAAUGGAAGUUAUAUCAACGGCAUUUGUAUUUCAGAACGAUUUCUAGUCCAUGUAGAAGCCCUGUUUUCAGGAAUAGACGAACUCUUGAUGAUCUACCAUGAACAUAAGCAGCAAGAAUUCAAAUACACUCGGGAAGCCAAGAUGCUCUGCAAAAAGAUCAUCAACUUCUUUUCAUUAAUGUGGAAAACCCAAGAAGUCGAGAUGAGAAAAUUGGGAAUCUCUCAAGAACUACUCUCUCUUAUCACCGGUCUGGCACACUACCUCAAGAUCCUCAUUCGUGUAGCACUAUCGGCUGCCCUACGUCUAGAUUUGAUUGUCGGAAAACCUGUAGCCGUCUCUCGUCUUUUGGCUAAACUAAUGGAGGUCGCUGGAAAAGAAAGACACAGCAGAGACAGUCAGAGACUGGUGAAAUCUAAAGAGGCCACUGACUGCUGCUGCUGUUGCAAAUUAUCAAUUGAAGAUCAGUGCAUGAAAUCCGGACAAUUCCGAUGGCAUAUACGAUGCUUUGUAUGCCACCAGUGCAAAAGAUCCCUCGCAGAUCACACCCAUCUGGCUGUAUUUAAUGCAUCAUCGCACACUUUAAUGUGUACCCGAUGUUCGGGAUCAAGAGACAGCACCACGAAUUCUUUUGAAUACGUUACAAAACUCGUGCAAUAUGCAUUCCUCCUUCGAGUGGCACUCAGUCGAUUGUGUAGUCUUUUGCACAUCACAGGUACAAAAUCAUUAUCAUUAUCAUUAUUAAUUUCUCGGUCAUUCAAAACAGCCAAAAGAUCAACCAUCAUCGGCAAUGCCAACACAUCCAUAAUUGAUGAUGUUGAACAGGGCACAUCUGCUACUACUGCUAAUAUCAAUAAAAUCGAUAACAAUACUGGUACCAACACCGACAACUCUAACGACAACACCAAUACAGCAGCAAAUAGACCAGCGCCGGCGCGGUCAGAUAGUUUGGUACGAUUGUCGGACCAGAAUAAGGAAUUACCACCACUGCCAACACAUGCUUUGGCAAAUAAGACACGCCACAGACCCCAGAAAAGCAUUGGACUCGACGACCUUCCACAAUUUGCUGCCCUCACCGUAGCCGAACACCCGCCCUAUUCUCUUGGCAGAGCCACCGCAACACCAACCACACUUCCCUCUACCCAGCUUUCUCCGCACCACCCCCCUACUCAACCUCAAACUCAUAAUCAAACCCACCCCUACACUCAUCCUGUUGCUACAACGGCAAUGGCAGGAAGAAUGUUCGCUCCACAUGCUGGGACCAGGUCUCGAAUCUAUCUCUCUGAACUAUCUGCUCUGCAGUACAUGAUCAUCCGUCAUGUAGCCGUGGUUCAUAUUGAGCCAUAUGUGCGCGAGCAUUUUACGCUUGGCGAGUUGUUAAACAUGAUUGAGCUCAAAAAGGCAUCUAUUUGGGGAAAAUUCUUUACAUCUUUUAGAACAGGGGGUGGAAGGAAGGCCCAGAAAUGCAAAGAAGAGGGUACAUUUGGCGUACCUAUUGACGUUCUCACUGAAAAAACAGGAGUAGAAUCUAACCUUGGAGCUGGUCCUUCACCGAUAAAGAUUGCUGGAUUUUUAGACGAUGCCAUUACGGCUAUGCGACAAAAAGAUAUGUCGGUUGAAGGAGUUUUUCGAAAGAAUGGCAACAUUCGAAGGCUAAAGGAACUGACAGAGCAACUAGACAAACAUCCUCAUGAUGUAGACUUGACAUCAGAGAAUGUAAUUCAAAUUGCUGCUCUUUUAAAAAGGUUUUUGAGAGAAUUGCCGGACCCGUUAUUGACAUUUAAACUGCAUGGAUUGUUCACAUGCGCUCAAAAAAUUACAAAUCCUUCUACACGAAGGCAUGUCCUUCAUCUGGCAUGUUGCAUGCUUCCGAGGUGUAAUCGAGAUACACUUGAGGUCCUUGUUCUGUUUUUACGAUGGGUUGCUUCAUUUUCUCAUGUAACAACUGACGUCGGCAGUCGCAUGGAUAUUCCCAAUCUUGCCCGUGUAAUCGCACCGAAUAUUCUGACAACCGAUUCAAAAGAUCCUGUAAAAGACGAUUCAUUUUCGGCUAUUGGAGUAGUUGAGGUCUUAUUGGAAUCUUGUGAGGAAUUAUGCUUGGUUCCUGAGGAAUUAGAGCCGUUUUUGCAGGAUCCUAGUUUAGCAGACGCAUCGGCUAUGAUGGACAUAUCUUCAAAAGAAUUCUUAAAAAAG